AUGGAAGAUGCCUUUGCCGCGAUCACCAGCUAUAGGCGGCGUAUUAGAAGGCACCACACUGACAAUGAGCGACUGCCCAUUGUCUUCAACGAUUAUAUGAAUUGUUUAAUGGGCGACCCCGAUGAAGAAAAGAUAAAGGCUCUGAUUGACCCGGUUGUGAGGUCUGGAGCCGAGUACUUCGUCAUUGAUGCUGGCUGGUACGCGGAUGACAGCAACUGGUGGGAUGAUGUUGGCUUAUCCAAGGGGCUAGUUCCAGGGGUUUGGCUUGAGCCUGAAGUUGUGGGAGUUCGCAGUGUCGUCGGCCAACGGCUGCCUCGAGAAGCCUUCUUCCACAAGAAUGGGCAGCGGAUUGUCGAAAAGGGAAGGUUCCAGCUCGACUAUCGAUGUGAAAAAGUACGUACCUGGAUGGACAAGGUCGUGCAUCGGCUGGUUGUUGACUAUGGCGUUGGCUACUUCAAAUUCGAUUACAACAUCGACGUUCUGCAGGGAACUGAUGUUCAUGGGCCGUCAUCCGCAGGAGUCGCACAUUUAGAACACCAGCGGGCAUACCUCUCGUGGGUUGAGUCUCUCUUCGAUCGCUAUCCUGAUCUGGUGAUUGAAAGUUGCUCGAGCGGCGCACAACGCCUAGACUACGCAAUGCUGUCCGUACAUCCUUUACAAUCAACGAGCGACCAACAGGAACCUAGUCUUUAUGCCGCCAUCGCAGCAGCUAUCCCGACUGCUGUAACACCUGAACAGAGCGCAUCGUGGGCCUAUCCGCAAUCUGAAUGGCCAGAUGAAAUCAAUGCGUUGACGGUCAUCAAUAGUCUUAUGGGCAGGCCGUCUUGA